UUGUGAUCUGGUUAAUAAUACACAGACAGUUGAAGUGAUGGGACGUUCAGGAGAGUCUGUAGUUCUGCCCUGCUACUGUAAAGAGCUUCAGGCUAAACCUCAACAACUUACAUGGACUUAUAGUCCAUCGACACAAUCUAAUACAACACCUGAAGAAAUUUACCCAAGUGAGCAGAGUGAGAAACACAAAGAUAAAAUCAAACUGUUAAAUAAAACAAGUCCAGGGGAUCUUUCUCUCCUCUUAUCAAACCUGACCACACAGCAUAAAGGAUAUUAUACAUGUUCUGUAGGGUCUCAACAAUACAUCAACAUCAGACUUCAAGUUAAAGAAACACAUCAAACAACACCUCAAACCAAUCCCAGAUCUGAAACCGAAGGCAGUUCAAUAAAACCAUAUGUCUUUGCUCUUAUAUCAGUGUUUUCAUUAUUGCUUCUUACUGUACUAGCAGUAAUGAUCUGGAGACGCAGAGGAACAAGAGAUGUGAAAAAUGGGACCAGUGAUGGACUAGUGCUAUAUAAUGAUGGGGAGAAGAAGGAUGUCUUAAAGCAUGACAGCUCAGCUCAAGGCCAACACAUUACACAAGAUGAAACUGAGGAUGAAGUGACAUAUUCGGCUGUUGUCCAUGUUAAAAAUGCAGCAAGACCUGCUCAAAAACAGAUCGUCACAGCAGAAUACUCUGCAUAUGCCUGCUUAAAAUAAAGCUACAACACACACGUUUGUAAAAACUAUAAGCAACAAAGCAGCUGGACCCUAGUAGUCAUUUUCCUUUAACUUAACUUUCAGCUAUUGUAUUGUUUUAUUUUAAUUUGCAGUAUACUAUCUAUCUGCUUUAGUAAUUUAAGGUAUAAGUCAACUUAGUAUUCGCAAAAUUGCAAACAGUGUCAAGUAUACUAUACGUUUUUGUGAUGUGGUAUAGCAAAGUAUAAAACUUGAAAAAAAAUUUAAUCUUGAUAGAGCCAUUUGUGUUAUUGACCUGAAAUCUUUAUACAUAUGUCCAGUGGCGUGCACAGACCUCCUCAGGGGCAGGGGCUGACGGACUUUAAAGGGCAUAAUUUUUUUUACGUCAAAUAACAAUCAAAUGUAUUCAUUACUUUGGUGUUUUUAUUCUUUCUUUCCUUGGCAUUAUUUAAAUAAUGUUGUAACAAAUGAAUAACACAUCAAACUAAAAUAGGCAAGUUAGGAAAAUAUUAUUUACUUUCGCAAGAAUUUCGAGAAAGAAGUUUUGAGGACUUAUGUGUAUAUGUAUAAAAGUGUUAGCUAUCAUUAAAUCAGUAAGUUAA